UUGGGAGUAACUCUACCUAUCAUGCAAUUUGAUGCAGGUUACUUGGUUGAGACCGUUAAAGAUACGUAUAGAACUGUCAGUGUGAGUCAAGAAGGUGCAAAAUUUCUGAGAUCCUGUAGGCCUGAUCACCAACCUCCAUUACUUUUGCCGAUUACAUGUGAAUCAGAUGGCAACGAGGACAAGAAAAGUACAGUCAGUGACAACAUUGCUAGCUCGGGACACAAUGGAAUGUCACAAGCAGAGACGGAACUCUAUAAAAUGCUUUUAGAAGAGAGAAUGAAGCUUGCAAGAUCUGCUGGAACUGCCCCAUACGCGAUAUGUGGCGAUUUGACAUUGAAAAAAAUAGUGGCAACAAGGCCAUCUACUAAAGCAAGGCUGGCAAACAUUGACGGUGUCAACCAGCACCUUGUAACAAGGUAUGGAGAUCAUCUUCUUCAAAGCAUUCAGCAAUUAUCAAAACAGCUGGACCUUUCUUUGGAUGGUGCUGCAGCCGUAGAAGCUAGUCAAGCUAAUAAUAACUGCAAAGCAUACACGAUAACAAAACAACCGAAAGACUUGCCACCUGCAAAAUAUGGAGCUUGGAAAAUGUGGCAAGAGGAUGGUCUCUCGGCUGAAAAAAUUGCUAACUUUCCUGGUAGAUCGGCCCCAAUAAAAGUAAACACAGUCCUCGGAUAUGUCUUGGAUGCGGCACGAGAGGGAUGUGUAGUUGACUGGACUAGAUUGUUCAACGAAAUUGGACUGACGCAAGAGAUUGCUGCUAAUAUUCAAGCUGCAAUUUUGAAAGUUGGCUCAAAAGACAAACUGAAACCUAUCAAAGAGGAACUACCAGAAGAGGUGGACUAUACUCAUAUCAAAGCAUGGUUGACAAUGCAAGAUCUUGGAAUGUCAACCGAAGUAAUUCCAUCCAGUAACCAACAUUCCAAACAACAUUCUAAUGGAACGGAAGAAUCUGAAAGAGCCGCUGUCGCAUAUCUUUCAGAAGAAGAACGUAAUAGAACUGAAAGGCCGGUUCCUGAGAAAACUGAAGCUUCACUCUUUGGCGAUUCUCCAAGGAAGCGCCAGAAAGUUGAGGUAUCUGAACAAGGUGCUGGUUCUUCACUGGAGAUUACCGAAGCUUCCCUUUUGGAUUGGAUUCAGAACUUUGAGAACGGGGUUACAUUAUCUGACAUUUUGAAGCAUUUCAAUGGAUCUACAGAAGCAACUGCUAUUGAUCUUCUGAGUUGCAUUGAGAGUGAGUUCUUGAUCUUUAAGAAGAACAAUCUUUACAAACUUAUGUGAUGCUUCAUUACCCAUUUACGACAAACGAAACUGACGUUUGGUCUUUGAAUCGGAAGAAAAAAGAUUCAAAACAUAUAGUCGUAUGAUCCUGUUAGAGUCCCGCAUUGGCUACUGAACGUUAAAUCUGUAUAUAAGUAGGAACUUUUUAUCUUUGUGUUUUAGCAAAGAAACAUUGGGUAGAUCUCUGGAUACAACUGUGAGGGGCGUGUUUAAAUAUGUU